AUUCCGCUAUUUUUUCUUUUUCCCACUUUCCCUCUCUUUGUUAUAGUUGAAACGAAGUGGGUUUCUGUUCUUGCACAUUUUUUCUGCUUGUUGGUGUGACUUUGCAUUCAAGAAACUCUCUCUGUUUCUAUUUUCUGUUUAAAUUUACCUCUAACAAUGUGGGUUUAUGUGGGUUUUCUUUAUUAAGCUCGAUGAACUUGAUUGUGUCUUGGUUUGCUCUCAAUGACCCUUUUCUUUGAUUUCAUCUGUUCGGAACUAGCCUUCGACUGUGAUGGAUGUGAACAGCAAUAGAGCUUUGAAAGUUGUUGGAGGAAGUUUGUCUCAGAUGGAAAGUGAAAAUGGAGGGCAAGUUGCGGUUAAUAUUAGCAGCGUUGAAAAUGGCUAUUCUGUACCGAAGCAAAACAGAGUCGAUUCACAGACCAAAGAGCCGAUUGAUUCGAGCAUUGGCUAUAGCUACGAUUCACAACUCGCUCCCACUGCGAAUAAGCCACCGAAAAUCCCCAGUUCAAAAGGAACCCUCACGCCCAGAAGAUCUCUUAGAAGACCAAUCCUCUCGAAAUCCAAGUCCAGAUUUGGGGAACAGCCAGGUUAUAUCGAUUCAGACGUGUUUGAGGAGAAUCAUGUGUCGUUGAGAGAACAAAUCGGUUCAACUUCAUCCAGAAGCUCUACUGUCAAUACGCCGAAGGCCCAACCUGAGGAAGAAGAUGAUGCUGGUAUCUUCGAGAUUGAGCAGUUGAAUAAUAAGCACAAGAAAGUGAAGGUGAAGACAGUGAUUGAGUGGAUUGGAGUUUUUUGCAUUAUUGGUUGCUUGGUGGCUAGUUUGACUGUUAACCCUUGGAAGAAUCGCUUCCUUUGGGGUUUAAGGGUUUGGAAAUGGCUUUUACUUGCUACUGUGAUUUUGUGUGGAGUGAUAUUUACUCGUUGGGUUAUGAAUGUGAUUGUAUUUUUGAUUGAGAGGAACUUUUUGCUUAAGAAAAAAGUGCUUUAUUUUGUUCAUGGGUUGAAGAAGAGUGUUCAAGUGACCCUUUGGUUGACAUUGGUUCUCGUUACAUGGGGAUCAUUAUUCGAUCAGAGAAACCAUAAAAUUUCGAGUAGGAUCACUGCAAAGAUUUUGGAUUCUGUUACAUGGACUCUUGUAAGCCUUCUUAUAGGGGCGGUCCUGUUGUUGGUUAAAACAUUGUUGCUGAAAAUACUUGCCUCCAAGUUCCAUAUGAAUCGAUUUUUCGACAGAGUUCAGGAAUCCAUUUUCCUUCAUUAUGUUCUACAAACCCUCUCAAGGGGUGUAUUUAUAGGGGAGGCUGGAACUACUUCCAAAUCCAGCAGUGGUAGAUUGAGUUUGAAGAGUAAAAAAUCAGACCGUAAAGAGGUGAUUGACCUGGGAAAGAUUCACCAGCUGAAGCGGGAGAAGGUUUCAGCUUGGACAAUGAAGGUAUUGGUUGAUGCAGUUACUAGUUCGGAGAUGUCAGUCUCACAAAUACUCGAUGAAAGCUACCAAGAUGUCGCUGAUGGUGAGAUUGCAGACGAGAUGGAAGUUGCCAAAGCUGCCGCCUACAAGAUCUUCAACAAUGUUGCUCUUCCUGGAAACAAGUUCAUAGAGGAAGAGGAUCUUCUAAAAUUCAUGAUCAAAGAAGAAGUUGAUCUUGUGUUACCACACUUUGAGAUAGAUGAUACAAGGAGGAUUGACAAGAAAGCUUUAACAAAUUGGGUGGUGAAGGUUUAUCAAGGGAGGAAAACUCUAGCACAUGCCUUGAAAGACACUAAAACAGCAGUGAAGCAAUUGAAUAAUUUAGUAACGGCGCUUAUUAUAAUCGUAACAGCUGUUAUUUGGCUUCUGUUGAUGGAAAUUGCUACUACCAAAGUACUUGUCUUCCUUCUAACUCAGCUUGCAGUGGCAGCUUUCAUGUUUGGAAACACUUGCAAGACUGCAUUUGAAGCUCUAAUCUUUGUGUUUGUUAUGCAUCCAUUUGAUGUCGGGGACCGUUGUGUUGUUGAUGGCGUCCAGUUGUUGGUUGAAGAAAUGAACAUCUUGACAACAGUCUUCUUGAAACUCAACAAUGAGAAGGUGUAUUAUCCCAACUCAGUUUUGGCAACAAAACCCAUCACUAACUACUACAGAAGUCCAGACAUGGGUGAAACCAUCGAAUUCUCAAUCGGUUUCACAACACCAUUGGAGAGGAUUGGGGUCAUGAAGGACAAAAUAAAGAGGUAUUUGGAGAAGAAUUCACAACACUGGUAUCCAAAUCAUAGUGUGGUGGUGCAGGAGAUCGAAAACGUGAAUAAGAUCAAGAUCGCUCUUUAUACGAACCACACCAUGAAUUUUCAAGACUGGACUGAGAAGAACCGACGAAGAACCGAGCUCGUGAUGGAGUUGAAGAGGAUUUUUGAAGAACUGAAGAUCAACUACAAUCUUCUGCCUCAAACAGUUCAUCUCAUCCAAGUUGAGGGGCAUCACUGAAGUCUACAGGAGAUGGUUAGCUUUUGUUAGCUGCUUUGUUAACUUAAUUAGAGACAUUAUGUAAUAUUAACUAAAAAGAAUCCUAUAUUAGUAUCAGUUUAGGCAAGCUACUUCUGGUUAUUAAUGGGGAAACACUGUCCAUUAGAAUUGGAAGAUAUAAGUUGUAGAACUGUUGUAGUAGGUUUAGCUACUGAUCUUAUUUAGCCAUGUAAUAAUAUUUAGAAUUGGUGAUUAA